CAUCGGGUAGAGGCAAUGAACAGACACCUGUGCAGGCGCACGAGGAGUCAAGUUGAAGACGCGUGAAGCGAUGUGAUAAAAGAGCGCGAUCUUGGCGCGCGCCGCCAGUACCGAGCCGACCGCACGCCGCGCAGGCGCAUUCCGCGAUCGAAACCCGCACGCCGCGACUUGCACUCGCAACCCCAGCGCCCCCACUAAGUUUACACGGACCGCUCGGGACACUAGAUGUCCACUGUCGGGUAGUGACUGUGCUCAACAGCCGGUGCCCAUCGCCGCGAGAGGAACGCACGACAACCAAAACAUACAACCACAGAUAUCGUCAUAAUGGCGCUAAUACUACAAUAUAUAAAUGAUAUGCAAGGCUUUAUGGAUAAAUAUGGAGACCCUCGGACAAAUCCAUGGUUCCUGAUGAGCUCUCCAUUCCCCACAUUAUUAAUAUGUCUAAGUUAUGUUUAUCUAGUCAAGGUUUUAGGGCCCCGAUUUAUGGAAAAUAGAAAACCAUUUGAAUUAAAAAAUGUUUUAAUAGCAUACAACUUUCUACAAGUACUCUUCAGUGCAUGGUUAUUCUAUGAGAUCGGGGCCGCUGGCUGGUUCACAGGCAGGUAUAACUUUCACUGUCAGCCGGUCGACCACUCCAAACAUCCACAAACAAUGAGGAUGGUACAUGCAUGUUGGUGGUAUUAUUUCUCAAAGUUUACGGAAUUUUUUGAUACGAUCUUCUUUGUAUUAAGAAAGAAAUUUGAUCAUGUGUCUACCCUCCAUGUGAUCCACCACGGUGUGAUGCCGAUGUCUGUAUGGUUCGGUGUUAAAUUCACUCCUGGCGGCCACUCCACGUUCUUCGGCUUGUUGAAUACCUUUGUACAUAUCAUUAUGUAUACAUACUACAUGUUGGCCGCUAUGGGACCUCAGAUGAGGAGGUACCUGUGGUGGAAGAGAUAUCUUACUACCCUACAAAUGGUGCAAUUCAUCGGCAUCAUGGUGCAUGCGUUCCAGCUGCUCUUCAUUGACUGCGACUACCCGCGAGCCUUCGUUUGGUGGAUCGGCAUGCACGCUGUCAUGUUCUUCUUCCUAUUCAAAGACUUCUACAACCAGUCAUACUCCAAACCCAAGGUCCGUGCGAAGUCACCGCAACCAGUAACAACGGAAAUAAAGGAAGUGUACAAGAAUGGUACACUAAAGAACGGCUACACGAAUGGUCAUACGAACGGCACGGGAACAUUUGUGCGGGCGCGUACCGUGCUGCCGGCGGGCAACUGACCUCGCAGUGACCGGGGCCCGAUUCAGACCCUGAUGCAAAGCUACAUAUGUGACAUGUGACAGUGGAACUCAUAGUGUUACCUCUCGUGUAGUGCAGUGACGUGGACCAAAGUUCAUAUUAUUGAUUGUAAGAGGACGUCCAGCGUUAACCGAACGUUGUCCCCAAUGUUACCGGCCGGCUUCAUACAUGCAGCUUCUCUCUUUAUGGAUUUGUAUGUAUUAUAGUUUUAAUUAAUUGUUAGGACCAGAAUGUUCAUUACGUUGACAUUAAAAUCAUGGUGAUGUUAAUUUUUAAUUCUAUUUGAAAUAAAAUAGUUAUGUUCAAGACUUUCAAGAAAGCACAAAUACAAUAUAGUUUAUUGUUGUAAAGAUUUAACGGUCAAUUAUAAGCCCAAGUUAUUUCAGGGUUAAUAUUCUUUAAUAUCAGGUUUCAAAGUAUAUUCAAACAUUUUGGAGUAAACGAGCUUAAUGUCAUCAUAGUCCACACAAGCCUGAGGUUUUUGCAAUAAGCAUUAUCCCCGUUGCCUGGAACGGUCACAAGAUAUAUUACUAAAUAGUGAUCGUAUUCAGGCAAAGAUGGCGGAAUCUUUUCCUGUCUGUGGUCUGCGCAUUAGUCUUUUGCCGUAACUUAAUGACUCUACCAUGUUCAAAUUAGCAUGAGAUUUUGUGUUUACAAAAUAUAAGCAACCAGAGAGCUGUUUGUGGAUGUAUAUAUUUACGAAAAAAGAUUAAUAAUUAAUAAAUAAAUAAUUAAUUUGCUAUAAUAAAUGUAAUUUUGUAAAUUUAAAUGUACAGUCACUCUACUUUUUAUAUAAAAAAAGUUAAAUUUGUAUAUUUUGAUUUGGGUAAAUUGUUGCAAAAAUGAAAUGUUUAUAUGUACUAUGUUUGUUGACAUAAAAUUUCAUGCUAAAAUAAAAAAGACUAGAGUUGUUAGCAUUAAAUGUGAUUUUACCUAGUUGUAUAUAUUAGAAGGUAUCAAUGGUGUAAAUGUUAUUUUUAUCGAUACAAAUUUAGCUAGAUUUUGUGAUCGCAUAGCGUUUUGUACUUUUAUUACAUUUACAUAUGUUGCUUUUUAAUUAAACUCUUAAAAGACAAUACUUAUUGAUUCAGUUUGAGAAAGGUGCUUUUUUAAUGUUCCCGUUGAUGUUCUAAAUUAUAUGUAAAAUAAGCACCUUGCCACAAUUGUUGAAUAAAGAUCAUUGUAAAAUAUUAUUAUAACAAAAUUACAGUUUAAAAAUUAGCGUAAUUGUAAAAUAAUUUCAUAAUUAAUGCAAUUUAUCACAUGUAACUUUCGUUUUCUAAUGUUUAUUAUUGUUGAUAUUAAAAAAUAUUAUCAAACAACAUUUUAAAAUUAAUUUUAAGUAAUUUUAAUCUGCAUACACAUUACAAAUAGGGCCUAUGAUCAAAAUUAAUAAAUAUUUAUAUAAUUUUAUAUUAAAAAAAAGAAUUGUCCCAGAUUAUUUUAACAUUUGGAUAACCAAUGAAAAUGAACAGUGUUUAACUGCAAGUUUCUGAGACCAGAACUCUGUAUAAAACAUAGUAUCAUCCUUUUCUUUCAUCUUUGACAAAACAGAGAUAACAAAAUGUUUUAAAUGGGAAUUUUGGUCUCAGAAACUGACGGUCAGUUGACUGUACAAUAGGCAUUGGCCCAUGUAAUGUGUAUGCAGUAAAACAGUAUUUUAAUUUUGCAUCAAAUGUUAAUAGGAAGUACUGUUUCAAUGCAAUUUAGAUUAUUGUCAAUACGACGGUUGUGUUGGUUAUUUAUUUUUUUUUUAUUUAUAUUUUAUUUAUACCAAAUGUCUUUAUAUGGUACAGAAUCCUGUCCGAAAAAUUUUAAACAUUUUUAUCUGCUAAUCUAGGGAUGAUCAAUGUUAUAUAAAUUUAUAUAAUUAUAAAACUAUAACAUUAAACUAAUAUUUCUCUUGUUCAAAAGUUGUUGAGCGAAAUUCAUUGAUGUUAUUUUAUUAUUGUUAUAUUCAUGUUAUUUUUAAAUAUAGCUUAUUGAUCAUCCCUACACAGAAAUAUUCAGUUACAGUUCGCCUGCAAAGCAGUUGACGCGGCGUUUUUUACUUACUACAGACUUCUUAUUAUAGAAAAAUAUACAUUUUUGAAUUAAAUCA